UUAUUAGCUCUCUUGUUCUUUCACCAGUCGGCAUUUUCUUGAUUUUGGUGAGGGAUUUCAUUAAAAAAGAAAAAGACAUUCCCUCGCCGGAAUAAUCACCGGAGAUAAAGAAAAAGAAUGGCGUCCCUGAAAUUUCCUUUGGAGAUUCUCGCCGUCUUCGUCAUCAUCUCCGUGAUUCUCUUGCCGAUUGCUCAUGCACAAUCACCUUCGCCAGCUCCAGCACCCACUAGCGAUGGAACAUCGAUAGAUCAGGGGGUAGCGUAUGUUCUAAUGAUGGUGGCUUUGGCGUUGACUUAUUUCAUUCAUUGAACUUGAUGGAUCCUCCAGUUUGUUCUUCCUCCACAAUGGUUUUGUUUCCUAGUGUUUGUGUUCUUAAUCAUUUUGGCCUUUCUUUAUGUUGUUGGAUUGACGUGAGAUGCGUAGAAAGUCGAAUGAUAGUUAGGUUUUGGACAUCAUGCUUUGUUCUGUUUUUGUUGGUUGGAUGAUUGGUGUAACUUCUUAUUCUUGUUUAAUGGAAAAAACGUAAUUUUAAUAUUUUUCAA